AUGUGUGAGGGUCCAGUUUUCGUGGGACGUGUUCGCAGCGGGAGUGCGCGUCAAAUCUCAGACUGGGUCUUUCUCAUUUUCACGACAGCCCCGUCGAGCCAACCUGAGUGCCCCGAACCCGCGUCCUACGGCUCCCCGAACCUCAGCGACAACGCGAUAGGGGACGAGGGCGCCGAACGCCUGGCUCAGGCUCUGGUGGCGAACGCUUCGCUGUCCAUUCUCGACCUCGGGUACAACAGCCGAAUCGGACGGCGAGGGGUCGAGGCUGUGGCCGUGGCCCUGGAGCAGAACCGCGCCCUGACGUCGGUGGCCCUGCGGCACAGCGGGAGCGACAGCGACGGCUUGGACAGGGUUGCCACCCUCCUGCAAGGCAACCGCCGCGUGCGUGUGCUGACUGUGGAGGCGAGCGCUCCGCGAACAGAACCGGGCAGGCUUGCCCUCAGCUGCACCAGUCUUGCGGGACGCGCCGUCGCCGUGAUCACCUGCGCGCGAGCCGACACGGUCGGCGCGCUGCGGAAGGCCAUAGGUGCGGAGCUGCAGAUCCCGCCGGGGCAGCUCCGCCUGCUGAUGCCAGGCGGAGAGCUGCUCGACGACGGCGCGGUGGCGGCCUCGCUCGUCGUGCGGGGAGCGCCGAACGUGUCCGUAUCCAUGCCUUCGCGGUCUGGAUACCGAGGUGCGAUCCCUGGGAUGUGCGCUCCCAUGGUGCGAAGACGACCGCGAUCUGCUCGCUGCGCCACCGUCUUCAGACGACGCGACGGAUCUUGUCCGUCCGACAGGGGGCGCCUGCAGCUUGGCAUGGGCGUACAGGAGCACAGUCUUGAGGCUGCUCGCAUGAGGGUGCCAUGA